UCUUACUGGAUGUGUUACUGAGACCUGAAAGCAGAGAAACAAACUUCCCAUGGAUCCAAACAUCCAAGGGUCUUUCUUGUUCAACAACAGCCUGAACCAAUUCCCCUCGGAACUCAAGGCACCAGUGUGCCAGUACUCAGUGCCCAACUCUUUCUACAAGCUCAACCCAGGCCUGAACAGCCAGCUGCAAGCAGGGACACCUCACGGCAUCAGUGACAUCCUGAGCCGCUCCAUGGUGGGGGUGGGCUCCGCGGGCACCACCACCCUGCUGUCCGGAUACUCUGCCAUGGGUGGGUUCAGCCCCUCUGUCACCAGCACAUCCAUGUAUUAUAACCGAGACUAUAGUUCAUCGCUGGGUGGCUUCUCCAAGCCAGGCGCCGAGUGCCCGAUGAAGACUCGCAGUGUGAGCUGCUGGGCAGAGAGCGGCUGUGACUGGAGAGGAGGGAGGCAGCAGUGCACCAACACUAGCGGUCCACUUGGGGAGAUGCCUGGCAGGAAGAAACACACCAGACCAACAUUCAGUGGACAUCAGAUAUUUGCUCUGGAGAAAACCUUUGAGCAGACCAAAUACUUGGCCGGGCCUGAAAGAGCAAGACUGGCUUAUUCUCUGGGCAUGACCGAAUCACAAGUCAAGGUAUGGUUUCAGAACCGACGCACCAAGUGGAGGAAGAAGAGCGCCUCAGAGCCAAGCUCCACACAGAUCAGCCACACGGGGCAAGGUGGGGAGGCCUCGGAGAACGAGGUGGAGGACGAGGAGUACAAUAAGCCCCUGGACCCCGACUCUGACGACGACAAGAUCCGACUGCUGCUGCGCAAACACCGCAGAGCUUUCUCUGUCCUGCGGCUUGGGCCACACCACGUCUGA